AUGAGUUCCUAUUUUGUGAAUCCCACUUUCCCUGGGAGCCUGCCUAAUGGACAGGACUCCUUCCUCGGGCAAAUCCCCCUCUAUCCAGCUGGCUAUGAUGCUCUGAGGCAUUUCCCCGCUUCUUAUGGGGCAUCCAGCCUCCAGGACAAGACAUACACCUCACCUUGUUUCUACCAACAGUCCAACACGGUCAUUGCUUGCAAUCGAGCGUCCUAUGAGUACGGCACCUCUUGUUUCUAUUCAGAGAAGGACCUGAGUAGCGCCUCUCCCUCGGGCAGUGGCAAACAGAGGGGCCACGGGGAGUAUCUACACUUUUCUCCUGAGCAACAAUACAAAUCCGAAAGCAGCGUGCAGGGCAAAAUCUUAAAUGACGAAGGCAGCGACCGGAAGUACACGAGUCCUGUUUAUCCCUGGAUGCAGCGGAUGAAUUCCUGUGCUGGUACUGUGUACGGCACCCACGGCCGAAGGGGAAGGCAAACUUACACGAGAUACCAAACCCUCGAAUUGGAAAAGGAGUUCCAUUUUAACCGGUACCUGACGCGAAGGCGCCGGAUUGAGAUCGCCAACGCGCUCUGCCUCACAGAACGACAGAUCAAAAUAUGGUUCCAAAACAGGAGAAUGAAAUGGAAAAAAGAGAACAAACUCAUAAAUUCCACACAGCCCAGCAGCGACGAAACAGAGGAAAAGGCAGGGGGAGUGGAAUAA